AUGCGGUGUGUGACAUCUGUCCGAUAUAAAGUAUUAAUAAACGGUCAACCACAUGGGUUUAUACUCCCCUCUAGAGGGCUUCGACAGGGAGAUCCCUUGUCACCCUAUCUUUUUAUUCUUUGUACUGAGGUUCUCAUCGCAAAUCUCCGCAAGGCAGAGCAGUUAAAACUCAUCACGGGUAUCAAGGUGUCGACUGCUCGUCCCGCGGUCUCUCACUUACUAUUCGCAGACGAUAGUCUUUUCUUUUGUCGUGCUAUGAAAGAACAGUGUGAGGCUGUCUUAGAGAUCCUUCGCCAGUAUGAACGGGUUUCUGGACAGCAAAUAAACUUCCAGAAAUCUUCGGUUCAAUUUGGACACAAAGUUGCUGUAGAAUUACGGGAUGAACUAAAAGGAGUAUUGGGGAUCACCAACCUAGGUGGAAUGAAUACUUAUUUGGGUAUUCCUGAGAGCCUGGGAGGCUCAAAAACAAAGGUUUUCUCCUUUGUUCAGGAUCGAUUGCAGAAACGGACAGGUGGAUGGCCUGCCCGGCUACUGUCCAGGCGUGGGAAAGAGGUUAUGAUCAAAUCAGUAGCAACUGCUGUUCCUACCUUUUUCAUGUCCUGUUUCCGCCUUCCGAAAACAGUCACACGAAAACUCACAAGUGCGGUCUCAAAUUUUUGGUGGAGUGCUUCUGGAGAUACACGAGGACUACAUUGGAUAGCCUGGGAUAAGUUAUGUGUUGAUAAGGUUGAUGGUGGUCUGGCUCCAGACUCUUUAUUUUCAAAGGUUUUUAAAGGACGGUACUACAGGCAUUCCAACCCUUUGGACCCUAUCAAAUCUUACUCGCGGUCUUAUGGAUGGCGGAGUUUGGUAUCUGCUCGCUCUCUGGUAAACAAAGGACUCAUUAAACGGGUAGGAUCCGGUAAUUCCAUUCUAGUAUGGUAUGAUCCCUGGAUCCCUGCUCAAUCCCCGAGACCAGCAUUGCGUUCGGGAUCGCCAAUUGAUCCCAAGCUUAGAGUUGAAACUUUUAUUGACAGGAGUUCACAAUCCUGGGAUUUGGCCUUACUCUCGGCCUCUUUUGAGCCGGAGGAUGUUGCCAUUAUUUCUGCUUUACCUGUUGGUAAACCAGAUUCACCGGAUAUAUUGGGUUGGCAUUUGACAAAAACUGGUCUGUACACCGUUAAAUCUGGGUAUAAAGUUUUGCGUCAAAAUCAGGCGGCCUCGACGCCUACUUUUGGCCCUAGCAUUAUUCCUCUACAGGCUUUUGUCUGGCAGAUUCGGUGUCUACCAAAACUCAGACAUUUUCUAUGGCAAGCGAUCACGGGUUGUAUGGCGACAACAUCUAAUUUGCGGCGACGUGGUAUGUCAUGUGAUUCUGAAUGCGGUUGUUGUGGUGGUUCUGAGGAGACAAUCAAUCAUGCUUUAUUUUUAUGCCCUCCGGCCAGGCAGGUUUGGGCUCUAUCCUCCUUCCCGACAUCACCGGGCUGUUUCCCUUCAGAAUCUGUCUAUGCAAACAUGGAUUACUUAUUCUGGAGAUUUCAGCAGAAUCCUUCAGCGGAUUAUUAUCCCUGGAUUCUAUGGUACAUUUGGAAGGCUAGAAAUGACAAAAAAUUUAGCAAUUUGGACUCCAAUCCGUUAGCAAUUUUACAGAUGGCGGAGGAGGAAGCUAAACUUUGGAUUUCGGCACAAGCAGACACAGUAGGGAUCCCGUCCACGGAUGGGCCUCAUUCCACUAUCGGUCAUGUGCCUGUGGUAAAGGCUACGGCCAACAUAUAUAGAACCAGUUACCGAUGCUUUGUGGAUGGAUCUUGGAAGAUAACUGACCAAUAUACAUGCCGAGGAUGGUACUGCACUUCCCCUGAGGGGGACUUCCCCAUUAUGGGUGCGUCCAACCUUCGUCGCAGCUUGUCACCUCUCCAUGCAGAAGUGGAAGCUCUAAUCUGGGCAAUGCGUUGUAUGAUUGGUGCGGAUAUUGAGAAUGUGGUUUUCCAUACAGACUGUUCUGAUCUGGUGAAGAUGGUGUCUUCGCCGUCCGAGUGGCCUGCCUUCAAAACGUAUUUGGAUGAGAUCGUGGCGGACAAGGAAAAGUUCUUAUCUUUUGCGCUAGUUCACGUCUCCAGAACACAGAAUGGUAAUGCUGACAAGCUAGCACGACAUGCUAGAAUAGAGUCACAUCUAGUUACCUAUGUAAACGUUUUUCCUAACAAUUGGCUCGUUUGA